GACGAUUUGUUUUUCCUUUUUGGGUCAGUGCCAAAGAUUGGGAAUAUGCAGCGGAGGAGUUUUUGAAGACGUAUCCUGAAGAUCUCAUUGUUCAUUGCAGUAAACGUAAUUACUCGACAUUGACACUUGAUGGCGUUGACGUGAUGGGAGGAAGACUGGCAGAAGAGAUUUUGUUGGUUAUCAAGAGACAUCCAAAUGUUCAAAAGCUCUCCUUCAUAUGCCAUUCAUUAGGCGGAUUGAUAGCAAGGUAUGCCAUUGCAAAGCUUUAUGAGCAAAAAGAAGAUGUCCAAGUGAAUGGAGAGUAUAACAAACAUGGGUCUAGAGAUCAAAGCAAUGGCGAGGAGUUUAAAGAGAAAAUUGCAGGGCUGGAACCAAUUAAUUUUAUAACAUUUGCAACCCCACAUCUUGGUUCAAGAGGGCAUAAACAGGUCCCUAUGUGUUGUGGAUUUUAUGCCCUGGAAAAAGUGGCUAUUUGCACAUCAUAUUUAUUUGGUAGAACUGGGAGACAUUUAUUUUUACUUGACAAGGACAGUGGAAACUGCCCCCUUCUUCUUCACAUGGCUGGCGAUCAUGAAGAUCUCAAAUUCUUAUCUGCUUUGCAGUCGUUUAGGCGGCGUGUUACGUAUGCUAAUAUGCGUUACGAUAACGUUGUUGGGUGGAGUACGUCUUCUAUAAGGCGUCGCACGGAGUUGCCGAAGCUCAAAGGUUUAUCAGGAGAUGGCAAAUAUCCAUACAUUGUAAAUGUUGAAACCCCAAAAGUUUGCAGUCCUCAAUUAUAUGUGUUGACUGGGGCCAAAGCCAAUAGAUUCAAGAAAACUGAGGUGGAAGAAGAAAUGAUCAAACGUCUAUCAAGCGUGGGCUGGGAGCGGGUCGAUGUUGACUUCCACAGAAGUAAACAAAGAAAUAAUGCACAUCUUACCAUUCAGGUCAACAGGUACAGAGUCAAUUCUGAUGGGGCCUGUGUGAUCCAACAUAUGAUUGAUAAUUUUCUCUUGUAGCAUGUGACGAAUUGAAUUAUUGACCAUUGAUUUCGAGCUUCGGUAGGGAAGGACGCCUGGUUUUGCUUUGGGUUGAUCGUUCCUAAUAACAUCUGUACUUAGCCUGAAUUGGAUUGAAUAUCAGCUUCAUAAUUGUA